AACACCUAACAAAGAUGGCGGCAGAUUUUUUGGGCGAUUGAGACCGCACGGUGUUUUUUUCCUUCGUAGUGAAAAUAUCAAUAAUUUGCGCUGUUCUGGGCUGAAAAGCAUCUCAAGUGUUUGCAUUCUUGUGUGCCCGUGGCGUGGACAAGCAAUCAACAUGGGUGCAUACCUGUCGGAGCCGAUAACGGAGAAGAAUUCCUGUGACGAAGAGAACGAGUUGUUGGCGUGCGGUUCGAGUUCAAUGCAGGGAUGGCGAAUAAAUCAAGAGGACGCCCACAAUUGCCUGCUCAAUUUCGACAAAGACACGUCCUUCUUCGCCGUGUACGAUGGCCACGGAGGCCCGGAGAUUGCCCUUUACUGCAGCCAGAAGUUGCCCGAGUUCCUCCUUACCUCGGAGGCCUACAAGUCGGGCGAAAUGGAGAAGGCGCUGAAGGACGCCUUCCUCGGCUUCGACGAGACUCUCCUGAAGCCGGAGGUGAUUGAGGAGCUGAAGCUGCUGGCGGGCGACAAGUACCCGGAGCACGGCGAGGAGACGGAGACGGACGAGGAGGAGGAUUUGGCGGAGUUGUGUCAGGAGAGCAGGAUGCCACUCACGGAGGUGCUGGAGAAGUACAAGGAGGCCAAGGUGGAGGCUGGCGGCGUGGCGAAACUCAAGGAGAAAGAGCACAAGCCUUUGUCGCCCUUCCUGAGAGCGCAGCGCAGCGACGGGGCCGCGUCGUCGAGUUCCUCUGGCGCUGGCAGCAGCUCUCAGGCCACAGAAUCCACUGCAUCCGGCUCCGGUGGCUCCGGAUGGCGUCCGCCGCGCAAGCUCGAGUCAGAGAUCGACUCCACAGUGAGCAGUUCGAGCACAAGUGAGAAGACAGCGGAGGCGCCGCGCGAGAUUGUGUCCAAUGAGGCGUCGGAGUGCGAGAGCGCGACGAAUGGGGCGAAGGAGAGCUACAACAGUCCCGACUCCUCGUCGUCCUCGUCUACUGUGCGCAAGAGUGUCGAGGUGCAGGAUACAGAGAAGCCGGGCAGCAGCACAGACCAGGUCGCGAGGCCUCCAGAGGUGAAGAUUGCCAACGGCGCGGCCGAUGAUGACGGCGUGAGCGCGUCGAGCUCCAAAGGCGGCGGCCACCAGGAGCCCGAGAUCUCGACGAACAGUGGCAAGAGUGAGGGCGUGUCCAGCUCGUCGUCCGCCGUGCAGGAGAAUGGCGAGGUGAGUAGCAACAGCGGCGGAUGCUCGAGCAGCAACGAUCGUCUGCCCAAGAGAUCGUCGGCGCCGUCGCACAUCCCAGUGGAUGCCAACGCGUCGUCGUCGGACUCGGAGGACGAGAAGGACGAGACGUACAAUGAGAACACGUCCAGCACCGAAGACGUGGGCGAUGAGGACAGCGACGUGGAGGAGGAGGAGUACAACUCGGACUCCUUCGAGGGCAGCGACGAGGAGGAGUGCGUGCAUGAUGAAGACGACGAUGUGGACGAUGCGUUCAUGAGCAACAUGAUCGAGGAGCCGGGCAAGGACAGCGGCUGCACGGCCGUGGUGGCGUUGCUCGUCGGCACGGACUUGUACGUGGCGAACGCGGGUGACUCACGAUGCGUGGUGUGCAGAAAUGGUGAGGCAAUUGAGAUGAGCUACGAUCACAAGCCAGAGGAUGAGCUGGAGCACGACCGAAUCACAAACGCCGGCGGCAAGGUCACAAUUGAUGGCCGCGUCAACGGAGGACUCAAUCUUUCCCGCGCGAUUGGCGAUCAUGCAUACAAGAUGAACUUUGAACUCCCACCGGACAAGCAGAUGAUCACGGCGCUGCCGGACGUGAAGAGGAUCACAAUCAUGCCAGAGGAUGAGUUCAUGGUGUUGGCCUGCGACGGGAUCUGGAACUUCAUGUCUAGCGAAGCGGUGGUGGAGUUUGUCAAGAAGAGACUAGACGAGGGACGGGAGAGAAUAUCUCAGAUUUGCGAGGAGCUCUUCGACAACUGUCUGGCCAGAAACACACUGGGCGACGGCACGGGAUGCGACAACAUGACGGCGAUCAUUGUGAAGUUCCCGCGCGGCGGCGUGCGCGAGACGGCGGCCAAGGCGAGCGUGGAGACGAGUGAGGUCGUGGCGUCCAGCAAGAAGAGAUCCGCCUCGACGGAUGCCAAGGAAGCCGAGGAGGGGGCGAAACGACUAAAGACUGAUGAUGAAUUCCCUGCGGCUGUAGUGGUGGACACGAAUGUGGACGACGUCAGCUCCACGUGAAUUUAUCAUUUGCCGAAGAUUGCGAAGCGCGCAGAGAACAGGCAUUUUCGCUGGGUUUCCGCGUGAGUUGAGACAUGUUGUGUUUAGCAUUGAUGAAGGGGAAAGGAGAGAAAAAUGGUGGACAGAUAAAAGAUGAGGACCUUUUAAUUGAAGAGGGAGAGAGAGAGAGAGAGACAGAAGAGGCGUAAUUAAGGUACACACAUUUUACUUUCAGGAAAAAAAAAUGAUAAGGGUAGAGAAAAAAAACCACAAUCUUUGUCAUUAUACAUUCAUUUAAAUGUGACAGACGGAAGAGAAAUGCUAAAAAUAUUCAUUACGUUUAAUUUUACACAUUUGCAAAAGAUUAAAUUUAGGAGAAGUAAUUUGUUUAUCUAAUGAGGACGAUCCAGAGAGAGA